CAUCAAUUCACCACAUGACCUUCCAGGCCCACAAUGCGAGUCCUCACAGCCGUCCCGACUCGCGCGUUCUCGUCGGCAAACGGUGGAUACGGAAGGUCCUUGUUGUCACUGCAGCGGGUUGGGUCGGCACAUCCCAGCCACGACCUCCGAUCACGUCUCACCACGCUGUCGUGUGGCCCCGCGUCUCUCCCACGCCGCUCACAACACUUCUCUGCAUCGUCCCGGCGGAGAACGUUACUCAUGACCCGCAACGUUCCUACGAAAGCUACUGCGUCGGCGUUCUCGACUACUACCACCGCUAUGGCGAAUAGAGCGAAGGCGGAUGGGGACGUGCAGAUCAAUAUGCCUAGGGACCCGAAUACGCUUUCUAAUUAUCAAAAUUAUGUUACGAGGCAUACGAGUGUGGACUUUGAAAUUGAUUUUCUGGCGAAGAGGGUGGUGGGGGGUGUGGUGUUGACGUUGGAGAGCUUGACGGGGGAGGAGGUGGGGAGCGUGGUGUUGGAUAGUAGUUUCCUGGAUAUCUCCGAAGUCAAAGUCGACGGCAAGAGUGUCAAGUUCAACGUUGGUGAUCGUGUAGAGCCCUACGGUGCUCCGCUGACUAUUCCGCUUUCUGGAGCUAUUCCCAAGGGCCAGACUUUCACUGUUGAGAUCAAGGUUUCGACGACUGACAAGUGCACUGCUCUCCAAUGGCUGACACCUGCUCAAACAUCAAACAAGAAACACCCGUACAUGUUCAGCCAGUGCCAGGCUAUCCACGCUCGCUCCGUGUUCCCUUGCCAGGAUACGCCCGAUGUCAAGUCAACGUUCAGCUUCGCUCUCCGCUCACCACUGCCAGUCCUCGCUUCAGGUCUGCCCACAGGGGCAAGCGAGUACCAGGCGCCCAAGAAAGAUGGAGAGCAGGGAACACUCAAGUACACGUUCGAGCAGAAAGUCCCCAUGACAGUCUACCUCUUUGCCAUUGCCAGUGGCGAUCUAGCAAGUGCAAGCAUUGGACCCCGGAGCACGGUUUGGUCUGGACCUGAGGAACUCCUAGACUGCCAGCGCGAACUUGAGGGCGAGAUCGAACCCUUCAUGAAGGCUAUCGAAGGCAUUGUGUCUCCUACGUACCAAUGGACGCAAUACAAUGUGCUCAUCCUGCCCCCCUCGUUCCCUUACGGCGGUAUGGAGAACCCGGUCUGGACAUAUGCCACGCCGUCUAUCAUCUCGGGCGACAAGCAAAACAUCGAUGUCAUUGCUCACGAGCUGAGCCAUUCGUGGUCGGGUAACCUCGUUAGCGCGGCCAGCUGGGAGCAUUUCUGGCUCAACGAAGGUUGGACGACAUAUCUCGAGCGUAGAAUCCAAGCUGCAGUCCACGGAGAGCCGUAUCGUCAUUUCUCCGCAAUCAUCGGUUGGAAGGCGCUGGAAGAGAGUAUCAAGAACUACGGUGAAGAUCAUCCGUACACGAAACUCGUUCUGGAACUCAAGGGCCAGGAUCCUGAUGAUGCCUUCUCGAGUAUUCCGUACGAGAAGGGGUUCCACGCGUUGUACCAGUUUGAACUCCUACUGGGAAAGAGCACAUGGGAUUCUUUUAUCCCGCACUACUUCGAAACAUUCAAGUUCAAGUCUGUGGAUUCCUACGACUUCAAGUCCUGCCUGAUCGAUUUCUUCGCCAAGGACAAGGAGGCGAGCAAAAAGCUGGACGAGUUUGACUGGGACAAGCUCUUCUACGCGCCUGGAUUCCCGCCCAAACCGGAGUUCGACGACACACUGGUGAAGACCUGCUAUGAGCUGGCCGACAAAUGGCAAGCCCGCCUCUCUUCCUCGGCAGAAUUCACGCCCAAAUCUUCAGACAUCGACGGCUGGGUUUCCAACCAAUCCGUCGUCUUCCUCGAGCGUCUGCAGUCCUUCGCUGGGAAAUUCUCCCCCGAGCAUGUCCAUCUCCUCGGCGAGACGUACGCGUACAACAAAACCCAGAACAUCGAGGUCCUGUCGAGAUAUCUGAGCAUCGGGCUCAUGGCUAAAGUGGAAGAGACGUAUCAGCCGUCUGCGGAUCUGCUGGGCAGGAUUGGCCGCAUGAAAUUUGUGAGGCCCAUGUACAAGCUGCUGAAUGCGGCGGAUCGGGAUUUGGCUGUUGAGACGUUUGAGAAGAACAAGGACUUUUAUCAUCCGAUUUGCAGACAAAUGGUUGAGAAAGAUCUUUUUGGUGACGAGAAGAAGUGAGCAGUAUAUACACCAUGAUGAGAAGCGCGAGGUGAACUGGGAGGGAUUUGAUAGUACGGGUUUCGACAAGGACAUCAGGUUUGAAUACCAACAGUACAUAACAUUACUUACCUUGAUAGGUACCGCGACAGGGGCCUUUGGAGGUUUGGGGAGC